GUUUCAAGUCUUUGUCCUCGUUUCUCUCUGCUUGCAUCAAGUAUUGACAGAAAUGAGACUUCUUUUGCUGAAAUGCCUGGCUCAAUAAAAGAUACAUGAGCAUAUGGCAGAUAACCUUUGAAAUGGAGGCACAGAAGCAGCCUGGUUUUACAGUCGCAGUAGCAGAUCGACCAGUUUCAACCUCUUCUCUUCAGCCUGCACAGGGUUCUUCAGAUCUCAGCCAAGGCAGUGUGAUUCCUCAACAGGAACAAGCACUGUCCCAACCUGUGUAUCUAAAAGCCCUUACCAUACCACUGUAUCAGCCUGUCCAGGCAGGAUGCUUUCAGCCAAACCGUCAGUUAGUGACUGGCAGGAGCUGUGUAAAUCUAGACAGCAGUAACAUACCUCUAAUCCUGAGUCCACUUGUUGCUUCAGAAGGCACAGAUCAGCCUCAGUCAGUUUUUCAGAAACAACUUGGACAAACUCUAACAUUGAACAUAGUGAGCACUUUACCAGUUUUAUCAUCACCAAAUUCUUGUGUAAAUGCAUCUCUUGGAAGCCCAGGAAAAUCAAAAAAAGCUGGGAAAUAUAUCUGCAAACACUGUGGACGAGACUGUUUGAAGCCAAGUGUCCUUGAGAAACAUAUUCGCUCUCACACAGGAGAGAGGCCCUUUCCAUGCACCACUUGUGGUAUUGCAUUUAAAACUCAAAGCAAUUUGUAUAAACACAGAAGAACUCAAACACACGUCAACAAUACCAGACUGCCCUCAGACUCUGACAACAGUGGUAUAUUGGAGCAAAAUGAGAAAUCAACAGAGAGCAUCACCCCACAUCAAGGCAGCAAACUACUUAGUAGCACCUGUGAAGACGAGGGGAUACAGAUGAAACAAAUGAGUUCAGAGACCAGUGCUCCCACAGACACUAAGAAACAUCUUAAUGACCUUUCGCUGCCAGCAACAAACAGUUCAUCAUUUGCUUCAGAAAAUCAUGAAACAACGAAUCAGUCCUUUAGUUCAAAGGCUAAUCAGGGGGUUCCUGAAAGAGAACCUCAAAGUUUAUCAUCUCCAGGAGCUUUGCCAAAUGGUCAGUGCCAGAGAAAGAACGUACAGGAGCAAAGAACUCCAACUGCCAAUAAGCAUAUUCAGUUGCAAAGGCAGCAAGCAACCUCUUCAGAAAAACAGUGGGAUUACAAGCCAUUUGACUGCAAGCUAAAGAAGUGUGAGAGCACUGACUCAGGGUAUCUGUCACGCUCUGAUAGUACAGAACAACAGAUGGCAUCAUCCAGCCCGUUGCAUAGUCUCUAUGAACACAGCACAGAACUGGAAAACGAAACUGCUUUCAGCAGCUUAAGGUGUACCUCCGCAAGCAGUGCAAAGCUAGAUGCAGCUGAGAAAGCUACAGCCUUGAUGCUAGAGAAAAAAAGGCUGGAAGAACACAUUUCAAAACUUAUUUCUCAUAACAAAAGUGUGGUGGAUGAUACCCACUUAGACAAUGUUAGGCCCAGAAAAACUGUCCUUUCAAAGCAGGGAAGCAUUGAUCUGCCAAUGCCUUAUACAUACAAAGACUCUUUCCAUUUUGACAUCAGAACUUGUGAUGUAAAUAGGAAAAAGAAUCUUUCACUUUGUUCAGCAAAAUCUACCUUUGCACCCCUAGAAAAAUGCAAGCCAAUGUUUUUUCAUUCAGUUCCCACCCAAUUCUCCACAACGAUAGAUACUGUGCCUGUUACACGGAGCAACUCCUUGCCAUUUGUGGAGGGCACAAGAAUGGUACAUGACAAAGCAGGUUGCUCAAAGCCACUUUCUCUUACUAAGCAGUCAGUAAAUACAGGCACUGCUAGUUUGCUGCCUAGCAACAAUCUUGCUGCAGAUUCAGUGGAUUUUCCUAAUAGCCAUCCCCGAGCUCUAGUCAGACAAACAGCAGUGGAUGAUUUGCCACUAAGUAGUGUGGUUGAUCAUACUCCUCCAUCAGAGGAGUUGCAAGGGACUAAAAAGCUUGGGGCUGGCGAAGUAAUCAGUGCUAAAAAUAAGAAACACAAUCAAAGGAAGUUAAAGAUGUUCUCUCAAGAAAAGUGGCAAAUGUAUGGAGAUGAAACAUUUAAGAAAAUCUACCAAAAAAUGAAAAGCAGUCAAAGUGCCAAGAAAAUUAAACAAAGGGGAAAUAAGAUUACAGAUAUUACAAGCUUCACUCCCAAUUCAAAGGAAUCAGUCAGCAGUACUGAAAUUACUGAGGAAAGAGAUGGCAGGCACUCUGUAAGUGACAGUCUUUCCUCCCUUGUUACAACAGGUUUAAACACUGGUAAAUCAGAAACCUGUACUAAUGGUAAUCAUAUUCCAGAGAAUGUGUCCUCUGAGGAAACUGCAGACAGUGUAACCUACCUAAUGGAGACAUCACAUUCAGUAAACGCUAGCGCACAUACUGUAAUGAGCAAAACUUCCCAAGACCUCAGUGGGAGUGACACAGAUAAAUACACAGCUGGCAACAGCACAUUACUAGCUCCAAGCAGUUGUGAGUCCAGGCUUCAAAAUACUCAGUGUCAGCUGAGUGCUAACAGAAGGAAUGAUGACUACUUGCCAGUACAGAGUAGCAAAUGGGAAAAACCAAGCCUUGGGAAAGAAUCUAGUACAUUUGAAUCAGAUUGUAAAAGCACUUCAAACAGUUAUGGAAACCAUAGCAGGAAUAAAGAAACUGGCCAGCAUGCCCUGACACCCCCAUGGGUCCAUUGCAACAACAGCAGAGAAGGCACAGGGAAAUCCCAGAAUUCACCGUCAGAAAGAAAAAAGCUGAAAUUUGAAGUGGAGAAGACACAAAACAUUAUUUCAAAGUCCUGCCCUAGUCCCAGUAGUGAAAACAAUGCAGUGAAUGAAGGAGAGAAAGUCUGUUGUGCUAGCACUCGAUGUCUUUCCACAGCACCAGUGAAAUUCUCCAGUAAAGCAGAGGAGCAAAAAUUAAGUGCAGGAAUUAAUGAAUGCACUGGAGGUUCUGAGAAUGUGGAAUAUACGAAAACAAUCAAACUCCCCACAAAAGCUCUUAAUUAUAGUGAUGUUAACCUUCUUUCACAUUCAGCAGGUAUCUCAAAAGCUUCAUUUGUGGGAGUUUUAGGGCCUGAAUUAAGGGGAAGUGAUUGCAACUCUUCUGCCUUGCACAACACAACAGAUAAGGAUGUCAAAACAUGUCUUGUGAAAACAGGAGCAAAAGUAGCACUUUUCAGUGACAAUGCUGUUGAUGUGUCUUCUAAAAUUCAUCAUCUGAAACCUGGUCAUUUAACUCCAGUCCCACAACAAAAUGCCUUUUCUCCAAAAUAUAUCCUUAAAUUGCCGCAAGACAAGAGAGCCUCAGAUUUGUCGCUUUUUCUUGGAUCAGAACAGAAGAUUACACCUUGCACAUCUGUGACAGACAACUUAACUACCCCCCCCUGCUCUUCCAACAGCGGAUCACUCAGUUCUCAUUCUAAUGAUGUAUUUUGGUCCCCUUUAAAAUUUGAAGUGAGACAAAAGGCCAGCAAAGGAGAGCUACGAUGGAACGUACAUGCAAACUGGAAAACUCCAGCAUUUUGUUCACCAGUCAAUUCAGAAACAACAAAUACCUUAACCACAGCAGAUAACACCUUUUAUAACCAAAACUUCAGGCAGCAGGAUAUUGUAAGAGAUGCUUGGAAAAACAAACAGAACAAAAAUAAAUUAAAUUAUCAAAGGCAAACAGAAGAGAAGUGGAUGAGCAUAACUGCUUCCUCUACACAGACCCCAAAGAAGAAAAUAUGCUUUACUUCUAUGUAUACAAGUGGUUUUUUCAUAUCAGCUGACAUCAAAGAAGAGAGAAAGGUUUUACAUCAUCUUUGCUCAGGAAGUGACUCUUUGACAAUGACGUCAGCUUCUAGCAAGGGUGCAGAGCCAACAGUCGUGGGAUGGGACAGAGGCGGAAGUCCAUGCACUCUUAAGGACAUUUCACCAACACUGCAGGAUAUGCAGCAUUCUCAGAGCUCAACAGACAACCCCGCUUAUUUUUGCCAUUCUUUUGGCACAUUUUAUUGCCACACUCUCACCACUCACUGUAGAGAAUUCCCAGUGCUACCCCACAAUAAUCUGUCUUGCUACUCUGGAAGUUUAACAGUAUCAAGUACAAAGAGCACCUUCCCAUCACUAAAUGCUGAACCUCGAUUGACUUGGUGUUGUUUAACAAGAAGCCUUCCUCUGCCUGCUGAGCAGAAGGGGAAUGCAGACUCUGCUUAUUCCUCCAUGCAUACCUGUGACAAGGAAUUUAGCAAUGAAUGCACACUGUCAAAAUAUGAUAUUUCCAUUUUCAAAAUGAAAAAUAUUAGCAAGACUGUGGCAUAUGGCUUAACAAACAGGAGUUUAAAAACAUUGGUUUCAUCCUUUUCUAAAGGAGAACAGAUGCAGGAGUUAAGCUCAGCAGCUCCUGGUGCUGCUUUCAAAAAUAUUUCAGAGCAAAAGAAGAAAACACUAGUUUGCAAAAAGGAAAAACUCUCAACAAAUAAACUCAAGAGGAGCCACAAACAGAAAAAGAUUAAAGUCACCCCGAAGUGGUACAGAGGGAGGCAUGUACAUGGAUAUGCUCAGUUCAAAAUUAACCGACUAAGCAAGCGGCACUGUUUUCCAAAUAGAACACUGGAUGCUUUGAAAAAGGGCUAUUCAUCACAACCCUGUAAAUUUAAGAAGUAUAAGAAGUCCUAUUCUGCUCAAUCAAAGGUACAAGAAAAUUACCUACACCAGCAAAAAGACACAUCUUUUUCCACCUCAGACAAGCCACUUUGCAGAAGGAAAAAAGAAGGAAAGAAUAACUCGGGAAUAUCUUCCCAUACUGAAAAUCUAAACCAUGUUAAACAAAAAGACAAAAUGGAUAAAAAAGACAUUUCUGGGAAAAUCAGGGAACACACAAGAACAAACUUGGAAAUAUCUAUGACAGCUCAUUCCUUUUCAUCCACAGUUAAUACAGCCACGCAGCAAGUCAGCAGUGAUGUGGAAAUCUGCUGUUUAGUGACACAACCACUUGUGCUUCAGCAAUCAAUCCCAGGGGAUUCACAGCCAAACAUUCAGAGUGACUCAAUGGCAUCUUCUUUUUGGUCAUGCCCUUUUGAUUUUACAAAUACAGGCACAGGUGACCAACUUGACAGCAGGAACUCAGAGCCUACUGGUCCUCUUUCCUUACAUCUAGAAGCAAGCCAGGAAAACAUACUAAAUGUAGAGUCAGAGAGUCAAAUAUUUGGUACAUUAGACCCGGUGAUCCAGGCCUCAGGAAGGGAGAAACCUCCAACUGAAGAAAACACAUAUUCAUCUCUAAAAGAAAACUCAAGUCCCAGUUCCCAGCCUGGAUGUUCACAUGUAUUCAGAUCAAAAGCAGAGUCUCAUCCUGAGUCAGUCACAAGGGCUAAAUUACCCAGUACAGUAUACACAGAGCGGGCAAACUUUUCUCAAAAAAUCCUUGACCUUCACGGAAGCGCAGACAAGAAUGGAACCCACCUGCAGUCAAAUAGCUAUGGAAGGCCACGCGAAACAGCUACUACUGCCUUUAAAAAGCUCCCAAUUACUCUCAGGUCCCCUGAGUUCAAGACUUACUCUGCAACACCUUCCAAGAUAUACAAAAAGAGAGGUUUAGAGGUGAUGAGGAAGCAAACCAGAGUUGAAUAUGAUGACACUAGCAGUGAUGAUGAAGAUAGGCUUGUUAUAGAAAUAUAG